AUUGCAUGAGAUGAGAUGUACCUAAAGUUAAGUUGUUUCAAAGUCAGUGCUACAAUAGUUUCUGGGCUGUUAAGGAGCAGGAUAAAAUACGAAUAAUAUUUACAAUCCCAUCUCAAAAGCUAGAUUAACUUAAAUCGCCAAUUACAUAGAUUUAGGCACAUUACUCACCAUACGAACUUCGUAUGAAUUACAUAUGUUAAGUUGGUUUUCGUUCUUUUGUAAAUAAGUGCUUCACACCAAAAGUCUUAUCAUUAUCUCAACCUAUAACCGAUAAGCCAACAAAGGAGAUAACGGCAGGCCGAGUUUCGUUCGUGUCACAUGUUGUGUGAAAAGUAGAGUGGAGUUCUGGUCAUGUGAACAAAAACGUUAAGUGUGGAAAACUUUGUUUUGUUAUUAUUUUGCAAAUUCAUUGUACAAAUUUACUGACUUUUGCAAUUUUACUAUUUGUGCCAUGUCGUCUAAAACGGCAAAACCGAAAGCUGAAAUGCCCCUGUGGCGUAGCAUCGCCUCUCUGGAACCUGGAUUGGUCAUGCACAUGACCGCAGCAAUUAUGGUUUUCAUGGUUGUGCAAGAUUUCAUGCUGGAGAAAGCAUGCCGAGUGAACUUGGACUAUGGAGAUGCCGUUUGCGACGCGUUAAAAGCAAAAAAUGCUGGCGAUAAGUACGCCACGGAGGAGAAGGAAGUCCAAAAACUAAUCAGCAGCGUCAUGGUGUAUCGUACCCUUCUCGAGAAUGCCUUUCCCAUGGUCCUUGUCUUCCUGAUUGGUGCCUGGAGUGACAAAUAUGGUCGAAAGUUGCCCAUGCUGCUCGUCAUUGGAGCUUUUCUCAUCCAAAACGUCCUCCUCAUCGGGUGUGUCUUCCUCGAAAAGGCAACCGGGGCGUGGAGUGUCGCCGUUGUGUCGAGUUUGAUCGCUUCUCUCUCCGGAAAUCAGGCGUGCUUCAUGGUCGCCGUAUUUUCCUACGUUUCCGACAACACGGUCGUGGAAAAGAGGACGAUGCGGACGGGAAUUGCGCACUGCUGCAUCUUUCUCGGCGUGACCUUGGGGUUGGCGGGAGGUGGAGCGCUGUCGCAUUCAGGACUCCCAUUCGCCACCUGCUUCCUCCUCGGGGUAGGCUUGGAAGCAGUGUCGCUGAUCUAUUUGUGGGUCAUGAUGGAAAAUCAGCCACAACCGGGGGCUACCAAAGGAAAAUCCUGGUCGCAAAUUAUUGGCGAAUUAUUCGACUUUAAACACAUUAAGGAUGCCUGGACAUCCGUCAUGAGACCCAGGGAAGAUGGCGCAAGGAUGAAACUUUGGCUACUUUUGGUGGCCCACGCUUGUGCGUUGAUGCCGAUGAUGGGUGAAAUGGGGGUCUGUUACCUCUUCACCCGUCUCCAAUUCGACUGGGACGGGGGUGCUUUUGGAAAAUGGAUGACAUACAAAACUGUGAUCGGCUUCCUAUCCAAUUUCUUAUCCAUGGCGGUGCUAACCUCAUUCCUUAAAAUGUCCGACGCUGGAACGGGUAUCGUCGCAGCGUUGGGAAAUUUAAUCUCUUCGCUUGUCUUCACCUUCGCCACGUCGCCUUUCCUCAUGUAUCUCGCCCCCUUAGGAACUCUUCUCUCUGGAGGAGGAAUGGUCGUCCCUAGAGCGACCAUCUCCAAAAUCGUGCCAACUUCUGAGCUGGGAAAAAUUAAUAGUUUUAUCGGAAGCUUAGAGUCAAUAAUUCCUCUCGUCGCGAGUUCGCUGUACACUGGAGUUUACACCAGAUAUUUGGAUAUCCUGCCGGGGUCAUUCUUCCUCAUUUCUGCGGCCGUCGCGGUCCCACCCAUUUUCAUUUAUUCAUGGUUCCUAUCGCAGGACAAGCCAAAAAAGAAGGACGACAAGAAAAAGAAGUAGAAAAUAAAACCUUACAUACAAACUUGCGACUUGGAAGUAUUAUCUCUUCUCAAAUCACACAAAUUAAUUUUACUUAUCAUACAUCUUAUCAAAAACUGCGAAUAAAAAUAGUAAUAAAUUGUGUCUCAUCUCGA